AUGUCGUGGAUUCUUAAAAAGAUCGUCCACAAUGAGGCGAUGAGAACUGAUCCUAAAGAGAUCUAUGGGUGGAGAGUUUAUGCCUUGGCGUGUUCGGCAUGCUGUGGAGGAAUGCUUUUUGGAAUGGACUCCGGUAUUAUCGGCGGUGUCCUAACGAUGGAUCCAUUCAAAGCGACAUAUGGCCUGGAAGGUACGGACAAGGUUGCGCUAGCAAAUCUCUCAGCCAACAUCGUCUCCACCCUCCAAGCUGGAUGCUUCUUUGGUGCCCUGAUAGCCUCGCCCUGCGCCGAUAAAUGGGGCAGGAAGAAAGCCCUCAUUGGAUCUGCCGUGAUUGGCAUUAUUGGAGUCGUUAUGCAGACCGCCGCGGCCGGCCAUUUGGAGGCCAUGUACAUUGGACGCCUUAUCACCGGGUUUGGAGUCGGAGCCGCAUCAAUGAUUAACCCUCUCUACGUCUCCGAAAACGCACCCCGAGCAAUUCGAGGUGGUCUAACCGGUCUAUACCAACUCUUCAUAACAAUGGGAAUUAUGCUCGCAUUCUGGAUCAACUACGGAGCCGUCCAACACAUGACCGGAAACUCAACCUACAUCGUCCCCCUAGCCAUGCAAGCACUCCCCGCCGUCCUCCUGUUCUUCGGAAUGCUUCUCUGCGACGAGUCGCCCCGUUGGCUCGCGAAACAAGAUAGAUGGGAAGAGGCCCGCGCAACGCUCUGCAAGGUCCGCAAUCUGCCUCCAGAUCAUCCGUACCUGGAAGAGGAGUUCAAUGCCAUUGCGCUGCAGUUGGAGCAGGAGCGUGCUCUCAUCGCGGGCUCGGGGUUCUGGGAUCUUAUGAAGGAGAUGUGGCUUAUUCCGGGGAAUCGGAAGCGUGCGAUUAUUUCGAUUGUUUUGAUGAUUUGCCAGCAGAUGACUGGUACUAAUGCGAUCAAUUACUACAGUCCGCAAAUCUUCAAGAAUCUAGGAAUAAACGGCACAGCAACAAACCUCUUCGCAACAGGCGUCUACGGUAUCGUAAAAAUGGUCAGCUGCGGCGUAUUCCUCAUAUUCGUCGCCGACUCCCUCGGCCGCCGCCGCUCUCUCCUCUGGACAUCCAUCGCGCAAGGCUUGGCAAUGCUCUACAUCGGUCUAUACAUUCGCAUCGCACCACCCGUCGAGGGGGCCCCCGUGAUUCCCGCCGGCUAUGUCGCGCUCGUAUGUAUAUUCCUUUUCGCGGCGUUUUUCCAAUUCGGUUGGGGGCCCGUGUGCUGGAUUUAUGUUUCUGAGAUCCCGACUGCGAGAUUGAGGUCGUUGAAUGUUGCGUUUGGUGCUGCGACGCAGUGGUUGUUUAAUUUUGUUGUUGCGAGGGCUGUGCCUAAUAUGCUUGCUACUGUUGGUUCAAACGGAUACGGAACAUACAUUAUUUUCUCCUGCUUCUGCUUUUCGAUGUUUAUCUUCGUCUGGUUCUUCAUUCCGGAGACGAAGGGUUUGUCUCUUGAGAAAAUGGAUGAGCUCUUUGGCGUUACCCAGCUUGUCCAGCACAAGAGUGCUGAUCCCGAACUCGCCGGAGAAUACGGUGACAGGACGGUGAGUAUUGAUCAAGGAGACAAGGCUCUUGAGGCGAAUGAUCAGCCGACCCAGGCUCAUCGUGAGCAUGCGGUGUAG